UUUAAAUAGAAUUUUAAAUAUUCGUUCAAUUCGAGAUUCAAUGCCUAUAACUGAUUGUCCAACUUUUCGUGCUAAUGUUCCUUCUUUGCUUUUUGAAAGCACAAUUCAUGAUCAAACUUUGAAUGAGGAAGAUGAGCAAGAUUACGCUUCUGAAGCUGUUAGUACACCAACAACAAUUCCAAAUAAAUGUCCAACGUUUCGUGCUAAUAUUUCUUCACUUUUUGAAAGCACCAUUAAUACUUGCACUGAUACAUCAACUCCUUUUCAAAAAAAUUGUCCAACUUUUCGUGCUAAUAUUCCUUCCUUACUUUUUGAAAGCACAAUUCUUGAUCAAAGUUUGAAUGAGGAAGCUAAUAAAACACCUACACCUCCAAAUAAAUGUCCAACUUUUCGUGCUAGCAUUCCUUCUUUUUUUGAGAGCACCAUUUGUCAGGAUUCGGUGGUGGAUGAUCGUGCACAAAGCCAUGAUUUUGAAACAGCUGGACCUAGUACAUCAACAAAUUUUCCAAAACCAUGCUCCUCUUUAAAUAAAAAUCAAUUUGUUUUGAUUAAGGGAACUCCUUGCAAGGUGCGUGAGUUGAUCCGUCCAUCAGCACAACAAUCUUUUGAAACUGAAAAUAUUGAGAAUAAUCCUUCACCAAAUUCUUCUUAUAAUUUCGAUGAUCGUCGAAGUAUUAAUAUGCCUUCAAUUCUUUCCAAUUCUGAACAGACAUUCUUUGAAAAAUCUUCUACACCGGCGCAGGCAAAAAUUUCAUUGUUCCAGGCUGACCAAACACUUGAUAUUUAUGACGACGAGACUGAUGGAGGGAAAGUUGAAGAAGCGGAAGAAAAAGAUUUAUCUCAGAGUUCUAAUUUCUAUGCAUCGCCUCCAAAACAUUUUUUACACACUGUAUGCAUUAACAAGCCACCAAGAUUGACAUAUCAACCAAAGAUUAUUCGGCCUGAUCCAGAAUCUCCUUCUGUUGUGCAACUUGGUUUAAGACGUUCUAAACGAAAUCGGUUACCUCCUCUUCAACAUCAUUUGGGACAGAAGGCAAUCUACGAAAUUGACAUGGACGGAAAUCGAGUUUUGGUUGGCGCUACAGAGGUUGAACCUAAAGACAAUCUACGUAAGAAAUACGGCGUCCUUAAUAUCGUUAAAGCUGCGGAAAAGGAAGAUGAAGCAAAAAAGUUUAAACGGCGAACACAGUCUAUAAUGAAAAGACGUCGUCAGGAGCGUUUCAAACAUGAACUGAGCAAAGUAAAGGAAGAAGAUGAGUAA